GGCCUCAUCAUCGCAUUGGCACUGCGAGACGCACGGUUCCCCGCCCUCGAGGCCUUAUAAUUUCCCGCGAGUGAAGAAACGCUUGCGCAGAAGCGCUAAUGAUGAAGGCCGGCCUGUAAGGCUAUGAAACACACUUCGCUCUAUAUAAGUAAAAGGUUACGAUGAAAUGACCCUAUUUUUUUUUAUUUGCUUUGUUUGUGCCGAAGUAAGUUGGUAUUAACUUAAAACCUGUGUCACUUCAAAGAAAGUUCUUUCUUUGACUGAGUGUAACGUAACCCUUAGGAGUGAUUACUAACUAUUUUCCCUAUCAGCAUCACCACCUAAAACAAACAUUGAGGUCAUGAGAAUAAAGGAAAUGAUCACCAAUUUAAGACGCUCUUGAUUGUUAAACAAAUUCUCUUUGUCAGUACCAUAGGAAAUGUAUAGAGAACAAUGUGGAGAUAACAUAUACUGAUGUUUAGGUGUAAAGGGUUAACAAUGAGGAGACGCACGUUGGCGGCAUUUCUAUGGGAGGAACAUGACAUCCUAAAUACGUGAGAUACUUUGCUAAAACCUUCAGCGAAACCUGAUGUAACAAGAAUAAAUAUCACUAGUGUUGGUUUCAGCGGACCCAGCAACAAUUUUUAACAGGAUUCGCAGCUGGAGAGUUCAUUGGUUCGAAAUUUCACUCAAGAGUGGGUGCUGCUAAAAAGGAAACCAAACAAACGUUUCGAUAAAGCGUGAGGUGAACAAAACGAGUCAAGUACGUAUCGAUAUGAACGGCACGGAUACACUGGUGAUAAAUACCACAAAUGAGGCACCAUCGACUCUGAAACACCGAGAACUGCCCGAGUUAAUUUUAAAAGUUUAUUUGACAAGAGGAAUAAUCGCCAUACCCAUGGCGUUGAUUACAUCUUUCUCGAAUGGUCUUGUAAUGUUUCUGUUUCUGACGGAUCCAAAGAGAUGUCUUCGUUCUUCUCCGAGCUGUCUUCUUGUUGCGAGUCUGGCUCUAGUAGACUUCAUGGUGGGAGGCUUCCUGGAACCCACUGAUGCCUACUACAACCUUGCCAUAGCUUUUGGACGGCAGCACUCCAUAAGAAGAAAAGACUUGCAAAGCGCUGCAGCUUAUUUUCUCCUCUGCUCGAUGCUUCUACUUUUGCUAAUAACGUUUGAUCGUUACACGGCGAUAUCUCGACCCAUUCAUUACCCUCACAGAAUCACCAAAAGGAGAGUCUGCAUAAGCGUGGUUAUGGUAUGGAUCUACUGCGCCCUGCUAAUCAUUGGUAUAAGACAGUGGGGCGAAAAGUUCAGGAAUGAAAUUUUCUGUGUUCAUGUCGAUGUAGUCGUGUUGGUUAUAACGGUGCUUUUCUGUAACAUUGUGUACUUGCUGCGUAAGCAGACGAGUAGCUUAAAAAGAUUUAGCAGGUCCUCGGAUGACAUCUUCGUCGUUCGAGCCUCAGAACGCGAGCGUAAAAUAACCAUGACACUAUUACUCAUGCUUGUGAUAUUCCUUGUAUGUACUAUGCCCUGGUUUAUCAUGAUGCAGAUUUUUGACUAUUGUGAUAUUUGCAAAAAGAAUUGGUGGAUCAUGAAGUUGCUGUUUAUUUUGUUCCAAGCUAACUGCGCUUUCAAUCCGUUCUUGUGUACACUGCGGAUGCCUCCUUACAAGACAAGUGUAAAGUUGGCCCUAUUGCGAUUCGAAUUUUUUCGUCGCUGCUUUAGGUCAACUUGUCCCGCAAGGCAAGAAUAUCAGCUUCAAAGGCGAGACGCCAACUGCAGAAACCGAGGGGGCAGAAAAGGAAGACUGGCUUCCAGUUCAAGUUUUGUUUUACCGAAAGCGUUUUAAAGGUUUUUGAAUGUAUGAAAAUCAUACUAUACACGAAAACGCUUCGAUUAAAAGAAAAAGGAAUUCUAAACAGUCACGACGGCAACGCCGAUCAAAACACAAAUUUACAUUUUUAUUGAGAAUUUCGCAAAUGGCUGAGUGUGUUUACCAUCUCCUAUGGCCCCACAACUCAGCUUCAGCAUAACGUAUGUGAGUUCCAAAUGGUAACUCAAAUAACUGCCGUUGGGGUUUGUGUUCACAAACCCCGUAAAUUUUGAUGACUUAACGUUAUUAUUGUUUUGCAGAGGACGGCUAAGGAAUAUAUAAAAUUCGAUUUGAAAACGCA